AUGGCCAAAGAUUCCGAUGGCCUCGAUUUUGGCAAUGGGAACUUUGCAUUCGGUGCCGACAUCACCGGCCUCCAAACCUUCGCACCUUUUGCCAUCAUGUCCACCUGGGGAUGGCACAAUUUUAGUUUACCGACUACAGUAGGGCAAACGUCACCCGAUGACUUCACAGGGCUUGAUUGGUGGACCCAUGGGAGACUUGUCAACUACGACAUGCCCAAUCCGGCUGAAAAUGACAUCUCCAACUGGUUGAUUCAGAAUCCACAGCGACUUAAUCUGGCAAGGACUGGGUUUUCCUUCGGUAGCGUCGACGUCGCUGAGGCCGAUCUUCAACAAAAGAGUCAAGAAUUAGACUUGUGGUCAGGAACAAUCAACUCAUCCUUCGUUUACAACGAUACAUCUGUUACGGUGGAGACAAUUGCGGAGCCAGCCUCCGAUGCUGUCGCAAUCAGCGUGGAAUCAAAGUUGUUCCAAGACGGCAUGGGAAUAUUCUUUGAUUUCCCAUACUCGGACCUCAACAAAUUCGACGCCCCGUUUGUAGGUGUUUGGAAUGCGACUUCCAAUCAUUCCACGAAAAUGACAACAAUCAAUUCUCACUCUGCCGAAAUCAAGCACACAUUGGAUGAGAAUAGUUACUACGUGACGAUCACUUGGGAGAACCCAGGUGUUAUCUCUGGUCCAACCGAUGGCACGCAUCGCUACCAUUUCUACUCAAGCAGUAGUCGUGUGCGCAUGACUGUCAGCUUUUCUCUUGAACCAAGCAAACAGAGUAAUGAUCUCAAACUUGCAGACAUUAAGCGGUCAUCCGAAUCUUGGUGGCAAUCCUACUGGUGCAAAGGGGCAUUCAUUGAUCUAUCAGCUGCAGCGGCCGUCAAUAGUAGCGCGGCCGAGCUGCAGCGUCGCACGAUCCUCUCACAGUACCUCGUUGCUGUGAACGAAGCCUCGGCAAAUCCGCCACAGGAGUCGGGCUUGGUCAAUAAUGGCUGGUACGGCAAGUUCCAUCUUGAAAUGAGUCUGUGGCACCUGGCACAUUUCGCCCGCUGGAACCAUUUUGAUCUGUUGGAGCGCAGCAUCCCUUCGAUUUACGAGCGGCUUCUUCCUUCGAGCAUUGUGCGUGCCAAAGAGCAAGGGUACAGCGGAGCAAGAUGGGGCAAGAUGACGGAUCCAACUGGUCGAUCUGCUCCUGGCGAAAUCAAUGCCCUCCUUAUAUGGCAACAACCGCAUCCAAUGUAUUUUGCAGAGCUUGAGUAUCGAGCGCAUUCGAAUCACGCAACACUGGCUAAGUGGGAUGCCAUUCUCACUGCCUCUGCGGAUUUCAUGACUUCCUUUGCGUGGUGGAAUACUUCUACUGCCGUUUAUGACCUAGGACCGCCCAUGUACCCCGUGUCUGAAAACACCUCGCCCAAUGCAACUGUCAAUCCGACCUUUGAGCUGGCAUACUGGCGAUUUGGACUCGAUAUUGCAGUGCGCUGGAAGGAAAGACAAGGCCAAUCGGCACCAAAGCUGUGGACUCGGGUUCUUGAGAACCUGGCGCCGCUUCCCAUUGUGGACGAUGCCUAUGCCCUGUACGAAGGCAUCCCGGACAUGUGGACUAGUAACGACACGACAAACGACCACCCAGCCAUGACUGGGAUUUAUGGUCUCUUGCCACCUCCGUCAACCGGUCCGCCAAUUAAUUUGACCAUAGUUCAGAAAACAGCCGAGAAGGUCAAGGAGCUGUGGGCGCUGGAGGAUUCGCAAUCGCGUAUCUACUCGACCCGCGAUUCCAAUUUGAUGACGCUGGAUAUCCAGAGGGGGGGAAGUCGUGUUCCGACUCCGUAUAUGCCGGAUGCUGCGUCUCUACUGCUCGCGACGGCCAUGAUGGCUGGGGGCUGGGAUGGAGCGGAAGGGGCGCACUUUCCCCGAGACUGGCCAGUGAAGGUUGACGGGUUCAGUCCUGGAAUGUGA